CACAGUCGACCGGCGACGCUCACGCUAGUAGUACGUGUGUGUAGUGCAUCUACUUCAAGCGUGUCUUUACGUUUACGCAUUUUGCGGUUUUUGAAGAAACCCACAAAUCGCAUAAAAUUACAAUAAGAAAGGAGAGACAUUUAAGUGACAAUUGAACGUUAUAAACAUCUCUAAAUAUCUCAUUUAAACACAAGAAGUGUUUCGAUUUAUUGCUUGUGUUUUGCUCUCGGUGUGAAUUGUUUUCGUCGCGCUCGGUUUCACUAGUCCACUGAGACUAGACGCGUUCCAGACUUGAUAAACUCGCGAAUAUAAACACGCAGGUAAGAAAAAGAUGCUCGCGUGAGACAGUAAAACAGUGAAAUAGUGCAACAGUAAAUCUGCGCGGCAGGAUAAUUGGCUUUCUCGGUGUCUUCUUCGCGGCUGGCGCCAGUCAACCAGCCAGCAAACAUCGCACAACUAAAUUUAGACAUCGAGACGUGAAGAAAUAAACCAUCCGCUAAAAGAUUCAAACAUCAGAUAUGUAUCACGUCGGGUUAUAUCCAACCAGCCCCGUCUAGCGUCCUCUGGCGGUGAGUAGCGCACGUUGGCGACGAAAAUGUCGUCGACGACGUCAGGCAGUAUUGUCGGCUAUGAGAACAACAACGACGUGAAGUCAAAACGGCCAAAGACAACACUGGCGCCGUCACGAGGGUGCACACCGUCGUUGACAGGUGCCUCCGGCUGUCAAAAACGGAAGCGGUGUGCGACCGUCCAUCUUAAUAAUUUGUGGUCUUUUUGGUACGGUGCGCUUGGUACUGUUUUACAAGCUUACACAUCAGUGAAAUGCAUCAAACGAAUAUUAGGUUAUUCGGUGAUGGCAUGGCCAGAAGCUCAUCCUCUUCCAAUUUUGGAGAUGAAUGCAAGCUUGGGCCUAACUGCAGCCGCUGUACUCUUACUGCCAUUUUUCUUAGCUUCAGCAGCGUUCAAAAUUGGCAAUUUAGCCAACGAUGGCUUCAAGUUAGGCCGCCAGUUGAGCACAUGCAGCCGUGAGAAACCAGCCGACACGCUAGAAGGCGACGGUGGUUGCGGCCUGUUCAAACAUGGCGGGCCUACUGCGCCAUUCCUCCAUCUUGUGAUUGCAUUCUCUCUUUUACUGCCGAAGUUACUCAUGGAAGCGCGACUCAUCGAAGCAGGCCUUCUUCCACAAGAAUCUAUCUGGAAAACAGAUUUGGACUUUAUGGUGGUGCACCGAGACCGUUUGGUGGUUUUGUCGUUCAUGACAUCGAACAAUGCAACCUUAAACCAUCAUCAUCGCGUGCCGUCUGCGGCUCCUUUUACCGCUGCAUUUAACGCAACAAUGGCAUCACAGAAUGGUACACUAUUGCCAUCUGCCGCCAGUGCACCGUUAUUUGCUCUCGGUGGUGGAGAUAAUAAUACACCCUCUGCAGUUGCAUUUACACACCACGUUGUCAAGACCCUUCGUGAUUAUAUAGGACACGAGAAACACGAUAAUUUGCAUAUCGAUUCUGGAAUGGGUAGCUCUGUCAGUAUUGAAUAUCUCAACUUUGCGAUUGCUUUAUUGGUUUAUUCAGUGCGCUACCCUUCGCUGUUCUGGGCUACGAAUAAAUGUAUGGGAUUAUUGUUCUCCUUCCAGUUGUUGAUCAACGGUUUGCAGACUUUACUCUCAUACGCAGGGAUGUCAGUUUUGUAUAAGGUUCAAAUUGUGGGUCCGUGGAAAGCGUUACCAUUAAUGAAGCAUCACCUUGGUGGUGUUACUUCGCCACUAGGUGGUAUUUCACCAUUUUUGCUCAAUCCUCAAGUGACACUCGCGCUCUACAUACUCUCACUUCUUUUGAUCCUUGCAUCAAGUCUGGUGUUGUAUCUUUAUGGACAUACAAGAUUUACAUCGUUUUUGAACCAAGAACGAGAACGUCGUGUGAUUGUUCUCAAAGAGGGUGGCCAUUCAAAGUGGUCAUAUUUUACUCACUGCGCUGCACUUUGUGUGCUUGUCUCAGUGGGUCUAUGCAAUGCUCCACUUUUACACGACUACACUAUGGUGUAUCGCGGUAGUCUUGACGGCGCCAUCUUAGCAUGCAUUAUUGGCGGUAUUCUACAUCUGUUCAUUUGGAUUGUUGUUUGGCUUUUCCUCACAAUCAAACAAAAAUGGAUUUUCAAACUACGUGUGACUGUGGGCCGUGCAACUGUACGUCAAGCUCGCUCUGUAAAACUUGUAACAGACGUGGAUCUCAUGACCAACUCCUCAGAUGAUCCAGCCACACAACCUUUGUUGGUGGUUGGCAAUGGACGCACUUAUACAGUCAAUGAACUGUCUCCUAAAAAAGCCAUUAUGGGUGUGAUUCAAAAGGCUACAAUGGUAAAGGAGCCCAAAUCCGAAAGUGGCGAUGACGAUGAGGAGCAGAUUUAUUGGCUGAGACCUGCAUUGGUCACACCACAAGGAUCACCAGAUGGUAGCAAGCAGUUAUGUUGGUUCAACAAGAAACCCAAACAUAAAGUCACAUUUAAUGAGACUACCAGUACGUCUAACAAUCGUAAAAGUGGAUCCAGACGUCGAGUACCAGGAAUGGAGGUCGAUGAUGGCGACUACGCCACAUUAAGGGAAGUCGUUCCCGCUAACCAUUCGGAUGACAACAUUAGCGAAGAGGGCAAGCUCUUAGCUUGCGUGCACGAUGAACACGUGACCUAUGCGAGCACCAGCCAAGAUCUGGUACCGCCUGUUGAUUACGAGGACCCCAGCCCUCUGCUAACUCCAGAGCCUUUGGACAAACUGGAGCAUCGCGAACAUCAUCAAACCCAGCCAAUUUCGGUCAUGGUCCAUGCGCACGCGCAGAGUGUGGUACCAACUGGUCUUACACCGAGAUGUUUAAGACGAGCGGACUCUGGUAUGCCGCAUGAAGAGUUCACUCCCCGGUCGGAUUCAAUCAGUACGGAAAGUUCACACUCUCCUCCUGAUCCACCGGGGAGCAAUCACAGCGAGACAUCAAGUGGGAUUCAUUCUAAUGAAAGUUCGGAACAUCCUCCGACUUCGUAUCCUUGCUCUCCACCUCCCACAACAAUGUCCACGGUUCCCGGUAUAACUACAAAUCAACAUACGCGACGUGCAACUAGUGUAGCAGAUUUGCAACAACCGAUGAAAGAGGAGAUUCAGUGGAAGUCUUGCUCCCUUCAACGUGGCAUGGCUCCGCCGACCAGCGCAUCUUUCCAACAGUUUGCUUCCUCUCCUAGUACCAAUUCGGUAUACGGAUAUUGUAACCCUAAUGGUAACGCGAAUUAUGUAAACUCAGCUGAUUUAGAUCAUAACGUCAUUCUUGAAAACCCCAAUGACGAGACGGUAGUCAUUCGGCGAAAGGCUGUUCGUCCCAAGACUACGGACGUAACUUCAACGCCUAUCAUCAAAGAGGAACCUUUUGGUCGUGCUACCAAUAUGCGCAUGACUUCCUUCACUGAUGAUUUGAAGAAUAUACAAGCCUCGUCGGCAACUCUACCACACUAUCCUACUCAACCGGUGGUCACGAUGACAAAUAACUACCCACAUUGUUCCACUAUGCCACUUCCGGUACACACUUCGAAUGCCAUACCCACUAAUUUAGGUGGGGGUAACAGUUGCAAUGUGUACCCACGUCAGCAUUCAACGAUACCGACACAUCACAAUGGUGUGCGACUGUUUAAUAAUGCCAAUGCACAGAAUCCAUACAUAAAGCGGUUACAAUGCCAGAACGGCCCAACUGUACGGUACAAUCCCACAAAUGAGCCCAUCUAUACUGGCGUUAAUCGGACCACCGGCGAACUGUAUCACUACCAGUCGUAAAGGAAAAUUUUUCGACGUGUCACUUUUAGCACAAACCAAACUACAAUUAUGAUUGUAGGUAAUGAUUAGGUUAGAAAAUGACGACUCGUAUAACACUGCCCUAUGACUGCGCAUAUUUAUCUUGUAAAUAACUUAGCCUAAAAUUUAAAUUAAUUUGGAAAGAAAAAAGGAUGAUCGAUGAAAGACACUGUAAUGUAUUGUAAAUAUAAGUUCCAAAAGAUACGGAAACGUGUUAAGUUGGCAACGCAUUGGCACGGUCAAGAUUAUAAGGCAAAGAAAAUGGCUGAUUAAGAUGGCUUACAGAAUCUCAUUAAGUUAAAUGCGUUUGAGUUUUUGAUGCACUUGUAAAUUUUAUACACCUCAAAACUCUCACUAACAUUGUAGGAUUAAUUUAUUUAUUCAUUAUGUUUUGCGUAGUGCUAUUGUACCAAAGAUUUAUUUAGCUUUAACAUUCCCAUUUCAAAUGGUUUUCACACAAUACUCAUGAUAUAAACUAUAUCAAAACUAAACAGGUCAAUGUUUAGAUUCAUGCAGAAAAACUCUUCAAUAAUUGCUUGACGAAUAACACUUGAUAUAAGAUUAUUUAUCUAUUUCAUGUUUAACAUAAACGUAAAGUAAAGAUAAACUAAAAUGUGCAUACCUACAGUAUUGACCGUACAUAUAAAGAUAUAAUAAGGCUUACACAUUAAACAUUAACAUAACCUCAAGUAAAAAGCGCGAGCUUAUAAAAUCACCUCAUGAUUGCAUCAUUACAUCAAAUCUUUCAUAUCAUAUCGAAACACAUUAUCAUCAAUCAGACCAUCAUUAAGCAUUUAACAUUUAAAACGAAACAAUUGGCAGCGUAGCGAUUAAUACAAACUUGUAAACAAAAAUAUAGCAAUUUUUAUGCAUUUUAAGCGAAACCAAAAAUGAAAAGACGAAACAAUAAUAUACAUGGUAUACAGAAACAAUAAGAAUAUCAAGGAUAACACGAUUUAUAUAUCUUGUAUAUCUAAACAUUAACAAAGAUAUAUCGUAGCUUUUUUACCGCAUAAAAUCAGCAGAAAUUAGAUGGCGGAGAAAUGAGGUUAGAUGUAAUUUGCUGUCAAAAAUCUGUCAUAGUUUUGAGAUGGAACCAAAUUAAUGAUAUAUUGAUAUUUAUUGUGCAUAUCGGCUGAAAGUUUAUUUUUCUCACACAAUUAAAAAGAGCAAAGAUGUUACAUUUAAUGAUAAUGAGAGAUAAUGAUACAUGAUAGCUUUUUAACAAUCGUUUACGUCAAUGUCUACACUAAUGCAUACACAUAAAUUAACUUGGACUAGACAUAACUAUCAAAGAAAUAACUUCAAUGCAUUACUACAAAACUCUACUAAUAGACAAACCAAAAUUUAUUACUAUAUAAACAUAUUCUACUUGAUCUCUUGUUCAUCACACAAUAUACUGGGUGCUGUCUCAAUGUUUUCCUAUUCGCAUCUAAGUAAAUUUUGAAAGAAAUUUAUGCAUUUAUUUUGAGCAAAGAGUAAAAAUGUACGAAUAUUACUUAGUAUAUGACUAUAUUACUGAAUGGUUAUGUAUAACUAUUGUUCUCCCUUUUUUUUUGAUACAACACUGAAAUUUACUAUUUAUUUACUAGUUCUAUAGAAUUCUUCACAAAACAGAAAUAGAACCAUUGGUGGAAUGUAGCAAGAAGUAAAAGGACAAGCAUUAAUAUAAUAUUUAAAAUAAAUAUAGACAUAUGAAUGUUUUCGAUGAGUUUAUAUCAUUUUGAUACGAUUAUAUGAAUAUAAAGUGUGCUACGAUUACAAAUUGUACGAUUUAUGUAUGAAUACAGAUGUUCAUUCGUAGAUAUUAACUUGAAGGUUGGAGAAUGGUCGACCAGAAUGAAGAACGGAAAAUAUGAAACAAAGGAUAAAUUUACGCAUUCAUGUAUUCAAAGGCAUGGUUGAUGACAUUUUUGUACAUUUAGUUGAAUGUUGAAAAUAUAAAAUUAAUAACCAA